AUUGCUUUGAUUAAUAAAAAAUAUUUUUCAUGUAUUCUUUUUUUUUCGUAUUGUAUGUAUAUGUAGAGUAAAAAAAAUAAAAGUAAAUCAAGGACUAUUAAUAAAAAAUUAGUCAUUACACGCCUACAGAUUUUUUUAAGGCGUGUAUGGGAAUAUUGACCAUGUGUGAUAUAAGAUACAUUUAUCAUCGUAUAAAAGGACAUGAAAUUUAGAAGUUCGGUCUAUCUUUCCCUUUCUCUAUUUACUACCAUAACAAUGUUGGUAUCGUAUAUCAGCUUUCUAUUAACAUUCAGUAAGAUUGAUAAAUUAAUUUCAUUGAAUUUAUAAAUGUUUUGAUAAUAGCUUACGUCACUGCUGUCGCUGUAGUACCACGAUGGGAACAUACACCAGCUGAACGAAUGAGACUUUUGGGUCCUUUGGCUUCUGUUGGUAGUCGUGUGGAGUUUCCAUGCAAAACAUUGGAACCAUCACCACAAGUUCCAACAUCAGUUCAUGCUUUACGUGUUGCUGAUAUUCAAAUUGUCGCUGCUUUGGGUGACAGUUUAACUGCAGCCAAUGGUGCAAAGGCUUUUUCAAUUAUCGGUGUUCUCAUUAAUUAUCGUGGUGUUUCAUAUUGCAUCGGUGGUGAUGGAAAUCUUGAUUCAGUUAUUACUUUACCAAAUAUCAUGCGUAGAUUCAAUUCCAAACUCAAUGGAUUCUCGACUGGUACUGGUGAUCACAAUUCAAAAACUGCUAAUUUUAAUGUUGCUAAAGCAGGUGCUGUUUCAAACGAUAUGCCAGCACAAGCUGAACUAUUAGUCAACAAAAUGAAAACUGUCUUAGGUGCAAGAUUUAAUACAGAAUGGAAAUUAGUAACAUUAUUUAUUGGUGGUAAUGAUCUUUGUGAUUCUUGCAAAGCUAAUACAGUAUAUACUGCAUCAAACUUUGUAAAAAAUGUUAGACGAACACUUGAAAUAUUACGUGAUAACAUGCCACGUACUAUUGUUAACUACAUUACUGUUCUCAAUGUUGCUGAACUUGAAGACUUACAUGAAGGUGUUGUUUGUCAAAAUAUGCAAUUGUUCUUAUGUGAUUGUGCUAUUAACAAAGACACACGUGAAAUAGUUCGUGCACAUAAUCUUGCAUAUCAAAAAGCAACUAAUGAAUUAUUGCAAGAUGAUAGUUGGUACAAUAGCAAAGAUGAUUUUACAAUUGUUGUUCAACCAUAUAUGGAACAUAUGAAAGUUCCUUCAACACCUGCUGGUUUAGCUGAUUUCUCAUAUUUUGCUCCAGAUUGUUUCCACUUCAGUCAAAAAGGUCAUGAAGCCGCUGCUAUUGAACUUUGGAAUAAUAUGAUGGAACCAGUUGGAAAAAAGACACAUUUAUGGAAUUUAGCAGAUACACUUCAUUGUCCACACAAUGUAAGAUAA